AUGUCCGACCCGGAGCCCUCGGCGGCCUUGUCCUCGCCAUCUCUGCCGGCUACCGACUCCAAUGCUCUUAACUAUGCCUUCUUAGUCCACUCCCAGAAGACCCUCACCCAGAACCUACCUCCCCGAGUCGAUAACAAGCUACUGGCUCGCCAGAAACGGCGUCGAACUAGUCCGGAGGACCACGCCGUGCUGGAGGCAGAGUACCAACGGAACCCCAAACCAGACAAGGUUGCCCGAGCCAGCAUCGUGGACCGUGUCUCACUCGGCGAAAAAGAGGUCCAAAUCUGGUUCCAAAACCGCCGCCAGAACGACCGUCGGAAAUCCAAACCGCUUCAGCCACACGAACUACUCGGUCCCCGAUCGGGCAUGCUCGACUCCUCUGGACACCCGGUCAGUGAUGAUAACGCGUCGGCGGAGCCCGGGUCGUCGAGUGGGGCGGAACACUUUGAGGUGCAGGAUCGGCACGAGGGCACAACAAAACCAUGGGAUGGUGGACAGCUGCAGUUAUCUGAUGAGGUCGAACCCAUGGCUGGGGAAAAGGACGAGUCCGAGCAGGCUCUGCCGAGCACCCAAACCAGUGUGGCAACCGAAGCUUUCGAGGACACCCCGCCCUCCACACAGGAAGAAUUCUCUCAGAGCCAAAAUGACAGCACGGGCGAAUCUCUGCUGCAGGUAUCGAAACGAAAACGCUCGGUGUCGGACAUCCGUGGAGAAGAAACACAGAACGAACAGUCUGCAGAGACGGAUCCCCCACAGUCGGCCAAGUCCCCGCCUCCAUUGAGACUGUCUUUAUCCUUUGAUGGCGAGGCCAUGGUGCGCAAGGAAGGCGAGCUGACGCCGUCCCCACCCAAGAACCGCAAUGCAUUACGCAUUGCCAUGUCGUCCGACGGCAAAGCCGUGAUCCGUGCAGAGGACGAGCCGUCGCCGUCUAAGAACCGCGUCGCCAUGUUUUCGGUCCGCCGCACCAGACUCUCGAGUCUUCGACGCAGCAAUAGCGCCAUCCUUCCGACCACGCCGCGGGUAGGCCUGUCCGAGAAGGACAGAUCCUUUGGCCGGUCCCGCGACCCCCGAAACUGGGAGUCGUUCGUUGAUACCGACGCACGGAGUGCCCUGUCAACACCAUCCAGCUCGCAGGCCAACACCAACGCGUCUCCGGGUUUCUUCCAGUCCCGCAGCCAGCGCUCGCUCACGCGAAGCCGCUCCUCACGACACAGUCUGCUCGCCGCCCACGCCGAUUCCUCCCAGACACCGAUAUCCCAGUCGGUGGGCGAGAAGCGGCGGAAACUGUCCCGCACGGUAUCCUCGCUUGGAAGACUCGAGACCGGCCGCAACAGGCAGUCCGGGUACCCAUCGAAACUGUCCAAACCCCUGCCUGCCAAGUCGGGCAAAACAGACCUGGAGCUGGACCCCGGUGACUCCGACAAGGAGAACUGGGUCCCAGGCACGCGGACGUCGCAUGGUCGUCGACGCACCACUUCCCACUCGUCGCGGUCUGUGCUCCGCGAAGCCAACCGGAACCGCGGGCUCGGCGUGCUCUCCAGCGGGAAACGCAGCCGCCCAUUCCAGUCCGGUGCCCAGGGCAAGGCACCACCGAGUGUGAGUGCUGAGGUCUCGGCAUUUAUGGGCGGUGGCUCCGGCGCCAGCCAAGAGGAUGAUGACCUGGAUUGUGUCCAGGGACUGUUAUCGUUGAGCCAAGGGGCAUGGCGAUAG